UUACAGGCCCAAAUACGAAGAUGGAGUGUCAGAAAAUUAUCAAUUUUGGAAACCAGCUUCUUCGUCGGAAAAAUGUGGACUGCACUCGAGAAGAGAGUCGGCUCUCACGAUGCCUCAACACAUUUGACUUAGUGGCUCUGGGUGUAGGCAGCACUUUGGGUGCAGGUGUCUAUGUACUGGCUGGAGCCGUGGCACGGGAAAACGCAGGACCUGCGAUCGUUAUCUCUUUCUUGAUUGCUGCCUUGGCUUCAGUCCUAGCUGGGCUCUGCUACGGAGAAUUUGGAGCUCGAGUUCCUAAGACGGGAUCAGCUUAUCUCUACAGCUACGUAACUGUGGGCGAGCUGUGGGCCUUCAUCACAGGGUGGAAUUUAAUCCUCUCCUAUGUUAUCGGAACAUCGAGUGUGGCCAGAGCCUGGAGCGCGACGUUUGAUGAAAUCAUAGGCAACCACAUUGAAGAAUUUUGUAGGAAAUACAUGACGAUGGAUGCACCUGGAGUGCUAGCAAAAUACCCAGACAUCUUUGCCGUGGUGAUAAUCAUCAUCCUAACAGGGCUUUUAAUUUUUGGUGUGAAGGAAUCUGCCCUGGUGAACAAAGUGUUCACCUGCAUCAACAUCCUCGUCCUCGGCUUUGUCAUGGUCUCCGGCUUUGUGAAAGGGUCUAUUAAAAACUGGCAGCUGACUGAGCAGAACAUUUACGUCACCAACCACAGCAUUUACAGAGACAAUCAAACAGAUGAAGAAAUGCUCUAUGGUGUUGGAGGGUUUAUGCCCUAUGGAUGGAAAGGAGUCCUCUCAGGGGCAGCCACAUGUUUUUAUGCUUUCGUGGGCUUUGACUGUAUCGCUACUACAGGCGAGGAGGUAAAAAACCCUCAGAAGGCCAUUCCUAUUGGCAUCGUGGCAUCUCUGCUCAUCUGCUUCGUGGCUUAUUUUGGUGUGUCAGCUGCCCUGACGCUCAUGAUGCCUUACUACCAGCUGGAUACCAAUAGCCCUUUACCCAAUGCCUUUAAAUAUGUGGGUUGGGAUGGAGCCAAUUACGCAGUAGCUGUCGGUUCCUUGUGUGCACUUUCUACGAGUCUCCUUGGCUCCAUGUUCCCAAUGCCUCGAAUAAUUUAUGCUAUGGCAGAAGAUGGACUUCUCUUUAAAUUUUUGGCUAAGGUCAACGAGAAGAGAAAAACUCCAGUAAUUGCAACAGUGACAUCAGGGGCCGUUGCAGGUAAGAUCCAAAGACUUGCACAAACGUGUGGAAAGGAGACAUAA